GGUGCCGCGCGGGCUUAACGUGCCGCUGUCGCUGAUGGCGGCGGGGCUGUCGGAGGGUCGCACAGAUGAAGGAGCGCAAGGAGGCGGGGGCCGGGCGCGAGGCCGACGCCGCUGGACUGCAGCCGUGACCGCACUGACGCCCGAGGCGAUGAGGCGCGCGGAGGACCGACGGGUCCCGGACCGGACCUCCUUCUGACCCUCAUCUCCUCCCACCAACCAGUCCUCCUUCUGCUUCACUUGCUCAGACCUGUCCGACGGUUCGAGUCCCUCCAGAGGCCACAGCCUGAUGACUUGCAGUCUGUUGCCCUAAAAAGGGAUUGAAGCACUGGCAGGCUAACUGCUGAAAAUGUAGCUAACCCGUUUUUUUUCUUCUGAGCUCCUCGUUGUUAGCGGCUAACUGAUAGCGGAUCAACUAAAUUCCUCGGAGCUGAACACUGGACUCAAAGAGCAAAGAUGUAGCUGGACUGCGAUUUGGACGUUCAGCAGCUCACUGCUGGUUAGCAGCUCGCGGCUAGCUGACAGCGGUGGCUUGGCGUUGACUGUGGGUGGAGCAGGGGUGCAAUGGAGUACCACUCCGGUGGUAGCCUGCCCCUGCUGGGGAGACCGCGGUACUGCCCUGGGACCAACGCUAACGGAGAAUACCUGUGCGAGACGGGACACUGCUGCGGAGAGACCGGCUGCUGCACCUACUACUACGAACUGUGGUGGUUCUGGCUGCUCUGGACCGUCCUGAUCCUGUUUAGCUGCUGCUGCGCGUAUCGACACCGCCGGGCCAAACUACGGGUCCAGCAGCAGCAGCGACAGAGGGAGAUCAGCCUGCUGGCCUACCAUGGAGCCAACUCCUUCCCGUCCUCCAUGCUGGACCUCAGCUUCCUGGCGUCUCUGAAGCUGCCGUCCUAUGAGGAGGUGGCGGCCCAGCCUUCAACCCCUCCUCCUCCCUACAGCUCUGUGUUUACCACGCCACGGUACCCUCAGCCGCCACGGGCUGCCGACCCCCAUCUGCUGACGCAGCACGACCCGCUGCUGCACCGGCCGCUGAGCGACGGCCCCUCCUCCCUCAGCUCUGACAACAGCUCCAGCUGUUCCUGCGACUCCUGUUGCCCCUCCUCUCCAUGCAGCUCUUCUCUGUCAGCACCAGUCACCUAUGAGACAGACACAAGCCACGCCUCCACGCCCAGUGAGGCCGCGCCCAUCACCCUUGAUGUCACCAUGGAGACCAUUGCGGCAGCCGUGAGCUGCUUGGGGGAAAACGAGGUUCCCUUUGCCUCCUCGGGUACUGCCACUGCAGGCCUCAGAGACCCGGAGGCCGCCGGCGCCGAGGAACCACAAGCCAAGAAGUCCCCGCCUCCUCUCAAGACUGUUACUGUGGCGGUUGUCACCAGGACGGCCUCCCCUCAGCUUUUGCCUUCACCUGGUCCAGAGUUAGCCCUUCCCAUAGGAACUACAUCUCCCACGAUGCAACAGCUUGACAUCGCCCUGAGGUCCCCGGUCAUUGCUGGUAGCUCGAGUACGUUCUCUUGUUCUAGCAUUCCAGAAGCAGCUCUCCCAUCCAUCCAGAUCAUCAGCGUAGACGGCAUCGCCCCAACAGAUAGCUCCUGUGACGGCAAUAGAGGUGGCCGAGCCCUGGAGAACCUCACCUUAACCAGAACUUUCCAUCCAGCCAGUGCUCCCUGUAGCCCAACCUCGGUUCCAACAAAUGACACAGGAAGAACUUUGGCCUUCAAAACGGUCAGUGCCAGCCUAGCGAGUCCAGACCAAGCCUGUGGCUCUUUAAUGGUAAACACGCCUACAAAACUCUCCCAUGAGCAAGACCCACCAUUGCCUCGCCCUUCAGAUCCAGAACCAACUAACUUUGGCCAGGACUCAAACCCACAGCCUGUCGCAUGUUCUUUUAUUAAACCCAUUCUUAUUUCCAAACCAACACAUUUGCAUAUCACUCCGGGUUUUGAACCAGUAAACGGAUCACCAACCACUGACAGCCAGAGCCCAGAACUCUCAUCUGGGUCUGGUUUGGUUAAUUCAAGCCCAGGCUCGUAUCAACGCUCAGGCCCAGAUGCAGGUUCUGGAUCUCACAGAGACUCGACUGUAGUUUUGGACCAUUCAGGACUGUCUGUGGUCCCAGCUGAACCACCAGAGGUGGCUCCAGUCCCACCAUUGCCUUCAGAAGCUGGUUUGAGGUCUUAUUCUGGAUCAGGACCAACACUAAAAUCAAGUCUUGUGUCCGCUCCGGUUUCAGCCUGUCCCGAACCUUCGUUCCUGUCCUCCUCCUGUCCGGCCAUAACCAUCGAGUCUGAGACCUCGUUUGGUACAUCUCAGUCGCCUCUUGCAGUCCUCUCUCCGUCUUCUCCUCGUUCUCCUGCCUCCCUCCCAGCUCCGACUUUACUCUUGGACCCCCUGACCUCCCUGAACCAGUCUAAUAGGGCGUCCUCCCUCUCACCUUCACCACGUGCUACUCAGUCCCCCCCUAAGCAGACAGUCUUCUCGCCCUGCGUGGAUGUCUUUGAACCCGGGCCCCCCAGCUUCGAUAACGAUGAAGAGGAGCACGACGAGAGAGGCACCAACGAGGAAGAAGAUGAGGACAUGGGAGCAGACGAGAGCCAGUACAGACAUCGGAGACUCACCGGGGAUUCUGGGAUCGAGGUGUGCCGUUGUCGAGUGGAGGAGGAGGACGACGAUGAAGAGGAAGAGGAAGAAGAGGGGGAGAAGAAGGAGGAGGGGCGGAGAGGAGAAGGCGGAAGCAGUGAUGUCCAUGACAGCGUGGACUGUCCUGCCAGAGGCCAGAUGAGCCCAGCGGAUGCGUUAACACUGUGUGCGGCCGCCACCCCCACAUCAACCACCACCGAUGGCGGAAAAGUUGUCAUCGUCAUGGAGACGGCGUGACCGACAGGAACAACUGAAUGUGGCCUCUAGUCCUUCAGACUGGAAGGGUUUUUGAAAUGGUUCGGCAGGAUGUGGGUCUGCACAGACUGUUGAUGUGGAAUCACCAGCCCUGAUGGUUGAUGGGUUGUUGUACCGAGUUCACCGGGACUGGAGGCAUCUACUCUUGUCACAACCAGGGUUCAUGAACUGAAGAUCAAACAGUAGGACUGACCUCCACUCUCUGUUACUUUGUGAAAUCAGACCCAGAAUCUAUUCCAGUAAACCACGUUGACCCUCAAACCAUGACGGUUUUAAACCAUCAUCGCCCGAAGGUUUCCUCAUGGCACAAAGUAAAAGUAGCUUGAACCUCUAGAAUUGGCGAUAUGACAGUUUCUGUCGUCUGUUGACACGCUGCCGUCCGUAAAUAGCAUUUGGUUGAUGACGGAGGUUUGGAAGUUUUCCUAGGAUCUGCCGAUAGACGUAGGCGGGUGAUUCAGACUGGCUGACUGACAGACUGAUUCAGUCAGUUUUGACGGACACGUCUGUCAGCAGAGCAGAAUUAGUCCGCUCAUCCACAGCCUUGUCCUCUUCGGUUUGAUUCUGCCUUUGAGAUGGACGGAUCCGCCGGCCUCUCGACAGAAAAACUCCUACAGAUAAAUGCAACAAUAGGAGCUUUUAGACAAACACAAAGCUCCAAACAGAGUCGAGACGCAACACGUCACCGUCCUCUCUUUGGUGUAGAGGUACGCAGAGGUCAAAUGACACCAUGUAUGGCAGACACCACAGCCUUUGUCUAAACAAUGGCCCUUUGGUUUUCAUUUAGUACAUUUGUCCUGUCAAAUUCCCUCUAUUUUCUUUUGAUCCUGCAGUACAACUCAUGACAAUAACCGUUCCACAAAACUCCCACAAAAAUAAUUCCUGCAAAAGUUGCUCCUGACGUUCUGGUCAUUAUUUUACGACAGAAUGAGAUCAAUGUUGAUUAUGUCAUUGAUUUAGAGUCAACUACGAUGGAAUCUGAAUCUAAAGUUGCAUCAAACUCAAACAAAAAAAGGGACAAUAACUUUACAGAGUUUUGUUUAGUUGAGUAAAGUCUAACUCAGUUUAGGCUUCAGAACCAAACCAGCAGUUUGUCAUUGUGCGGUUAGAAUGGGUUAUUACUUGUAAGAAUUGGUAAAUAAGUGCAAUCAGUGUUUACAGUCUGCUUUCUGGAGGUCUCCUUUCGCUAGAUCCUGGUUUUUAUUUGUAUACGGAACAGGAGAACCGGUUUUAGGUCAGGAAGGAGCACUUCCUGGUGGAAUCCGAACCCAAAAAAAGCACAUUUACAGCCAUCUUUGAAAUGUUGCUGAAGUCACAAACAUGCGUUUCGCUUAAGCUGAGCUUAGCAUAGCUACAUGUAGGCUAGUGUUGCUAUGGGCAGCUAACAGUCUUUGGAACAUCCGUCUGGGAUGCAAUGGCUUCUUGCUGCUUGCUGGUUCAUCUCAGAUGUGCACGAUACAAGUUUUUAGCGUCAGAUUGAAGUUGUCUGAAUUACCGGUUUUUACAUCUGAUACGCCGUCAGACAUUUGCGACUCUUUGGACGUGUUUAGAAUUGCGACGUCUGUAAGUGGUUGACUGGCUCCCAAACUGAAAUAGGAAAUCGUCUCGAGUGCACAAAAGACCUCUUGUUGGCCUUUCUUUUCAUUGGUUCACUAGAAAGCAUCACAAAUGCCUGAUGGAGAAAACAUCGGCUCUGCGAGUAAAGACUCUGGAGCCGCGGUUCUAUAUGGUCUCCACUGACGACAUCAUGGGAGUCCGACUGAUUCUUACACCCUGUGACCAUGCUGCAUACGUCACAAGUUCACGUUGAACCUUUUUCACAAAGGAACCCAAGACAUGAACCAGACUGAGGCUUCAUCAAGACCUUUGACACAGAGGACAUGUUGGAAGAGACAGUUUCCUCCUCUGACGUCCUGCUGGAAUAAAACUGGAAUGAAUUCAUGCUUGGAUGAAAAAGAACCCGUCUGUCUUUGACUUCUGCGAGUUCAAGCACAUUUGUUUGGUGGUUCCACUGGAUGUGGAAGUGGACUGAGGACAAAGUUCUCACAAGGAACCUCUCCGGGAAACUUUAGGGUGACGACGAGCUGUUACUGUUGUAGUCGAUGUUGUGGUUGGUGGUGUUUUUUGUUUACCUGAACUAAUAGAGUUAAAUAUCUCCAUGGUUUCUGAGUGCCAUUUCUACUUGACAACUGUUACUACUUAGCAUUAGUUUGAGCCUUCUGUGUGAGUGUAGGCUUUGAGCUUCAUGAUGGGUGAAAUGUUCUCUAAGUUCUGUGUGGACCAGGUUUCCAAACGUUACACAGAACUGAAAUCACUGCCGGGGAGAAAGAUUUGUCUCAGGUUUCCUGAAGAACCGGGAAAGUUCUGGGAAGGAACAGUUCUAUUCAGAGGGAUGGGAUUCUUACCAUGACAUAAGUUUGGUAAAGCUCUCCAAAGCCAAGACCCUUGCAGACAGGGAUGUCGGUUUUGGUGUUUGGAGAACGUUCUAGAAACCGGUUUCAGACCUGUGUGACUUUGUGAAAUCUGGUCUUUAUGUCUCAUUUGUUUAAAGGGUUUUACUUUCUGUCAAAUGUCACAACAUUUAACAACACACUAUCUAUCUGAAGAGUUGAGCAUCGACUGGAGUCAAAUUUACAGGUUCAGGUUCUCCGUAGAAACAGAAAACUGAUGAAAACAUUCAUUAUGUUGUUGAUAUUUGGAAAAAUGAAAACGACUGGCAUUCAGCAGGAGGACAUGAAGACGGUCCGUCCUAAAUCUGAGAAACAGUUGGAUGUUCACUGCGUGUUUUAUGACGCUUGCACUUCCUGAAACCAGAAACACUUCAGCUCUACAGAGUACAACACUCUUGAAUGAAUUGACUAAAAUUCCUGAUUUAUGACGACUAAAUCAGAGAAAUUUGGAAUCAGUUUGGAGGAACAGCAGGGAUUACUUUGGGAAAAACCAUGAAAAUCUCCUGAAACUUUAUAAACAACGUGUUAAAAAAAAAGGGGGUUUUACCAUCAAAGUUCUGACAAAGUGGUUGUCCCAAGUCUGUCUCAAAUGAUCACUUAUUUUUUCCAUUUAAAGAAAGAAAAUCGGCGGUUGUUCAGCCUUUAAGCCGUUGGGUUCCAGGUAGAUUCAAAUUUAUGCCCAACGUUGACCCUUUAAGACCGACGCUGUCACCGGCGACGGCAAAAUAACACGCUCUCGAACUACCGUAACUCUGGACCGUUUACGCGAUGAAUGUAAUUCAAAGGGAUUCUGACGUGCAGGAUCACGAUCAGCUGAUCGAUGUGUAAACACGUCACUACUGUGAGGUGUUGCGUAUCAGCGCAAAACUGCCUUUUUUCAUUUCAGAAUCCGGUGGAAUCACCAUAAUUGGUAAACGGGUGAAGAGUUAUGGUAGUUCAGAGAACGCCAAUAGAGCCGUGGUGUUAGAGGGCGAAUGCCCUAAACUCCAACAGUAGAAACGUUAAAAAGACUAGCCCUCAGAUCCAACCUGCUGCUCCUUAAAUGUGACUUCAGUCGAGAAUAAAACCGUUUUUAACAACCUUUUUCGUGUUCGUUGAGGCUUCAAGUUCUGCUGGUGUUUGACAGAAUGUGUUCCUCAAGCGUCCACAUCUUCUUUCUAUGGUAGUAGUCCUUCCCUCUGUCUUCAGGACGCCGCUCUUCUGCUGUCCGUCAGCGGACGGGGAACAGAAGAGACGUUCACAGCAAGGAGAGUUCUUAGUGUUACUGAAUUAAUGGUUAGUUUGUGUGUGUGGACAUGUGUGCGUGUGACCUAACUAAACCAGCCUGUUCUAAAAGUGUGUACAAUUAUAAUGAAUAAAACUGUUGCGUCUGAAA